CCAUGUUCGCUAGGGGGGUUCCCUAUAUGACAAUGUGGAUUAGCACGGUUGCGCAUCUUGGCAUAGCAGAGGUCGUUUUCGCUGCGAGUAGUACUUACCAGAGCUCUCCCGUUCAAGUUCCCUCUUCACGUACAAGUUUCUCUCCUUACGACUCCCGAUACUACUCGCCGCAAGCCAGGCUACUCUGCCCCUCAGGCUCAGAGCUGUCUACGAAUUACGUAGUGUGUAUGACGCGUGUAUAUCGACGAUGGGCCACUGCCGAGAGCACUCGGCUCAGGCUGUAACGCGGUACUGCCACGUACAGCCUCAGUGACACAGCUUCCAGACAAGGUGUCCAGAUUCGGGAGUCAUGCCUCAGUGUUUGAACGGUACG